AUGCUCAAGCUCCUUAAAUGUGACCUCAAGUUGCGCCCCAGUUGUUGUAUAGGUGGCCCAUUUUUUGCUGUGGCAGCCAAAGAAGCUGGAUCAGGGAUCAUGCAUCUUGAUUGGAACAAUGACAAAAUGAUCUACACAUUUGUUUUUGCAGUUGGGGACUGGGAGGGGGGAAUUUUUGUGCGCCCCAACUAG